GAUCAGACGUUACGUGUCUGGGUCGGGAUAGACAAAUCGUUCCACGAAGCAAGGAAGAGAGCAAUGUGUAUAUAUAGCUGCUCAUUGACGAUAUGUCUACUAUGACGAUGCAUCCGCCCUACAGUUCUCAGGACUUUCCUUGGAUGAAUGGUCGUUCUGAGCCGUUUCACGGGACAGAGGGGAAAGUUUCCCUACCGUCUAUCCGUCAGGCUUUCCCCGAUUUUGAACAGCAAUUAAAACAAAACGUCGUGGUGACGACACCAUAUCCCGCAACUAGCCCUUCUAGAAAGUCUUUCAAUGGGGCAAUAACGCCCCCGGAAUAUAUACAUUCGCCAGUCUAUCACAAGAGACACUUCGAGAGUGUGAGGGACGCCGGGAAAACAAACUCGGUUCCUAGGCUAUUAACCAAUUUAAAUGGGAGCUCUCACCGAUCGGUAUCACCACCCUUUGAUUCUAGGACGGAUAUGGGAGCAUGGGGCAAGUCAACCCGAACUUGUUAUCCAACUGGCGAUAGCACUAGCCUACAGUAUCCAACAAAAUCAGGACACUAUGAACAAGUAGAGCAUCAAACGACUCUAUCGAAAUUAUCCACGUUAAAUCUUGCUCGAGAUAGAAACGAUUCGUUCCCAGGCUUGCCGAGCGACGACUAUAUUCGAGAAACUCAUAGGAGAACGAGAACUCCAGAAGACAUCAACACUAACACGUACGGUUUGGAGAUAAGGCCAGCUUCAUACCGACCUACUAAUUACUUCCACGGUUACCAUCAUCCCAACCGAGUGCAAUCCCUUUCUGUGGGGUCGGCCCAUCUCUUUGACAGGCCGUCGAUAUAUUCUCCAGCGCCUGCCACGUACGGCCAUCAACCACAUGAUAGCUACAUGCCCGUCCGCGAGCUCGGCGUUGGAGGAAACUACGAAAGCAAGCAGCGAAAGCGUCGUGGAAAUCUACCAAAAGAGACAACAGAUAAACUCCGCGCCUGGUUUCACUCCCACCUAUCGCAUCCGUACCCAACAGAGGAAGAAAAACAACAACUUAUGAAACAGACCGGUUUGCAAUUAAAUCAAAUAUCGAACUGGUUUAUCAACGCGAGACGACGCCAACUACCUAGUAUGAUCAACAACGCCCGUGCCGAGGCCGACGCCAUGACUGUACGCGGCGCAGAAAAUAACUUGAUACCUUCGACCGAAAGGGCCGACUACGAUACGGACGGCAGACUCCUAAGCGAUGAAGAGGCUGGUGCGACUCGUGACGUCGAAAUUGAGUGCAUUAAGCGACGCAGAGUCAAUGGCAGCAAACGCGGUAGCAUAUGAGAUGCCCGUGCUUCCUUACGAGAGGCCAUAUUCAUUGUAUUAUUACUAUCUUUACGAGGUUUAGGGAUUUACGCCGCGCAAGAGCUCAUCAUAAGAGUCUACCAAUACUCUAUCUAUUCUCUAAUCUCUCUCGGCCGGCCUUGACCUCGCGGGCGUUUGGCUCCCGCUAGCCGGUCUACGACAACAUAUCAUCUCAGCGGCAUUUUUUGUGUAGUUACCUCUUAUCUACCUAGGCAAUUCGAAUAAUGGGCAUGGCUUACGAUACGGGAAUGGAAAACAAUAACUAGGCGUUCUUGGGGGGCAUUAGAUUAAGAGAAAUGACGGUUUCGAAUACUACAAAAUAAAGGGGAAAGCUGUAUAUUACCGUGGAUUGAUUAGGAAUUUCUAAUCAUCGAAGCGAGGGAUACGUGGAAGUAUAGGGCCGUACGUGUAAAUUUAGCCUUAAGUCGAAAGUGCACUAUCCGGAUGAUAGAAAAUACGUCAAAUUCUUAAUAUCGUUUACCGGGCCAAA